UUUUCGGAGAACCAAAAAAUGUCAACUACCUUUCCAGGUCUCGUCCACGAUGCAGAGAUACGUCACGACGGAUCAAACAGUUACCGUUUGAUGCAGCUUGGAUGCCUGGAGUCUGUGGCCAACUCGACUGUCGCCUAUUCCUCCUCAUCUCCACUCACUUACUCUACCACGGGCACCGAGUUCGCCUCCCCGUACUUCUCCACUAACCACCAGUACACCCCACUGCACCACCAGUCCUUUCACUACGAGUUCCAACACAGCCACCCGGCAGUCAACCCCGACGCUUACUCCUUGAACUCUCUCCAUCACUCCCAGCAAUACUACCAGCAGAUCCACCAUGGGGAACCCACUGAUUUUAUCAACCUCCACAAUGCACGGGCGCUUAAGUCCUCUUGCUUGGACGAGCAGAGGAGAGAGCUGGGGUGCUUAGAUGCUUACCGCCGCCACGACCUGUCUCUUAUGAGCCAUGGAUCCCAGUAUGGGAUGCAUCCAGAUCAAAGACUCCUGCCAGGACCAAGCCUCGGGCUUGCAGCCUCGGGAGCAGACGAUUUGCAGAGCUCAGUGGAGGCCCAGUGUGGACUUGUACUGAACGGGCAAGGAGGUGUGAUAAGAAGAGGUGGCACCUGUGUUGUUAACCCCACCGACCUGUUCUGCUCUGUUCCUGGUCGUUUGUCUCUGCUCAGCUCCACCUCGAAGUACAAAGUGACCAUUGCAGAGGUGAAGAGGCGCCUUUCACCACCAGAAUGCCUCAAUGCUUCCCUCCUAGGAGGUAUUUUGAGAAGAGCAAAAUCCAAGAAUGGAGGACGCUGCUUGCGAGAAAAAUUAGACAGACUGGGACUGAAUUUGCCUGCAGGAAGAAGAAAAGCAGCAAAUGUCACACUCCUGACUUCCUUGGUAGAAGGGGAAGCAUUACACUUGGCCAGGGAUUUUGGCUACACCUGUGAAACAGAGUUCCCUGCCAAGGCAGUAGGUGAGCACAUUGCCAGACAGCACAUGGAACAGAAAGAGCAGACAGCGAGGAAAAAGAUGAUCCUAGCGACAAAACAAAUAUGUAAAGAAUUCCAAGAUCUUCUAAGUCAAGACAGAUCACCCCUCGGAUCCUCCAGACCAACUCCAAUAUUAGACCUCGACAUCCAGAGACAUUUAACACAUUUCAGUUUGAUCACUCACGGUUUUGGAACUCCUGCAAUAUGUGCUGCCCUAAGCACUUUCCAAACUGUUCUCAGUGAAAUGCUGAACUACUUGGAAAAGCACACGUCGCACAAAAACGGAGGAGCGGCAGAAUCCGGCCAAGGACACGCCAACUCGGAGAAAGCCCCCCUGCGGAAAACUUCAGAGGCUGCUGUGAAAGAGGGCAAAACAGAAAAGACAGACUAGCUACAUCAAACAGAAUCUAUUUCCAGAGAGUCUUGCUGCUGAUAUUUU